AUCCUCAUCGCGUUUCAGCCGCUCCCGAAGCGCCCGGAGAGGUGGUUGCUCUCCCAGCUCCGGCCGCGGGGCUGCUGCGGGGCGAACCGCGCUGAGGGCAGAAGGCGCCGCCUCGCCAUUUUCUCGCCUCACAGUUCGGGGUGCGCGAGCCGCUGUGAAGGAGACAGGCGAGGAGCCUGAGGAGCUGGGAAGGGCCUUUAGCGGGGCGCGGGGCUUCUCCUGGGCAGAAGUUUGAGGAUUCUGCUCCGUAGUGCUUCUUUCGGAUCAGAAAAAUAACAGCCCCACAUGAGAACAUUUGAAUUCGUCAUCCCAGGUUUACACAAUGAGUGACAGACUCUUAAGCAACUUGGAUAAACUCCUGCUUGAGUUCGUUUUCCAGCUAAAACAAACUUCUUAUGCAAAGGAACACGUAAAUCAACAGAUAAAUUUGUAUUCUUCAAAAAUCACAGAAAAAAGGAAUGAAAUUGCUAGAUUGCAGGAAAAUCUAAAUAACUGCAAUGAUGCAAUUGCUGAUUUACGCAAGCAAAAUGAGAACAGUAAGGACAGCUGUAACGCCUGGAAGCCCACAUAUGCAAUUCUUAGCAAGCAUGAAGAAUAUUUGAAGAAUGAACUUGAAGUUUUACAAGAAGCUACAGAAAAUGAGAGGAAAAUGUAUCAAGAUUACAUAAUCCAGUAUAAAGAGACUCUGAAGCAACACCGUGAAAAAUACGCAGAAACUGCCCUUGCACAGGAAUAUUAAAAAAAGAAAGAGGUUGAGGAAAUCCAGAACAGAAUUCAGAAACGGUCUGAACAAUAUAAACUGAAAGAAGAUGCUGACUUGGACGUUCUUGAGCCUGCUCCUUUUAAAUCCAUUAAUGACUGGGCUUUAUAUAUUGCUUCUUUGAGGCAGAAAACACAGGAAGUGUUAAAGCUUGCUGAAACUGCUACACAAGAAUCAACUGAACUAGAAAAAGAAGCAGACGAAAUAGAAAUGAAAAUUAAUUAUUUUAAAAAAACGUUUGAAAAGACCACAGAAGAUCAAAAUAAUUCAGAAAUGAUUGAAGGAAAAAAUCUGAAAAGUCUAGAGAAACCAAAGGAAUUUAAAGAAAGGAUAUUUGAAGAGAGUGAACAUCCUUCUUUCUUACAUGAGAAACAGCUGUACAAACCAUUACAACUCCCAUGCAUUCCUCGGAAAUCAGUCCAGUCUUUACAGACUACUAGAUUCUCUAUGCAGCAAACAGAAACAGGGAGAGAAGAAAAAGAAAAUCCUAUGGAACAAGCAGUUGCUGCUAGCAGUUCUUCCAGCCAUGCAGAAAAUCCAUCACAGAUGGUUAUUGGCACUGCUGCAACUACUAAUCUACAAGUUGCCCAGGUUCCAUCAAUAGCAAGUUUACAAAGCCAAAUGCAGUUCAGACUGCAACGGCCUCCAAAGCAAGUGACUGCUAAUCAACAGUUUGAGAGCGAAAAAAAUGUAAUAGAAAACCAAGAGGCCAAAUGUGAUGAUAAAGAAGCAGCAGAUGAGCCUAAGGAUUCUUCUUACAUACGUCAAGACACACGCACGUAUUUUAAGCCAAAUGAGAAUAAUCCUGACACAGCAGCAGCAGAAGGUGCAGAACGUUUUCUAAGAGCACCUGAAACACCGGAGUUUGUUGGCACACCUGACUCAAAGGGGAAGAAAACCCAGUUUUCUAAAACACCUCCAUUUGAUUUCAUUCACAACAUGGGUUGUGAAGAAGCAACAUCAAAAUCUCCUGCUUUCUUUUCUCUUUUGGGCAUCUCCCAGAAGUCACCUGGCUUUAAUUUGUUUGAUUCUUCUGUAUUUGGGGCAGAAAAUUCAUCUGAUGAGAUAGAUGAAGGUUAUUCUGUAGGAAACUUGAAUCCCAUGUCACCACAUAAAGAUUUUGGAAGCUUAUUUGGGAAAUCAGAAAGUGAGGAUACAUUUGCCUUUCCCUUCCCCUUGGAAUCAACUUCUCAUGCUUUUGGAGAUGGCAAAGAUGACUUCAGUUUUCCAUUUGCCUUUGGACAAGAUCAGAGAUCAUCGCAGUCUCCUUCUGUGAAAGGUUUUCAUUCUUCCUUGCAAAAUACGAAGCCAUCUACAUUCUUUUGAAUACCUUUGACUUCCUUUUAAAUUCUUUUCCUACUUAGCCUUGACAAAUGUUUCCGUUUCCAUAAGUUAAAGUACAAAGCAUUUCACCUUCUUCUUUCAUUUCACUUAAGAACACGUUAUUGCAAUUGCUGCAAGAGCACGUGUACAUUCAUCAAGUGCAUGCUUUGAGAUGCAGCUCUUAUUUUUCUUAUUUCUUUUCUAAAUAAGCUGUUUUCAUAAAAUGUUAUGAUAUGUUCUACCUAAACUGUCUCUUGGAAGUAGCAGAUAUGCCAUUUUAAGAUAGCACGUGGGGUAAUUAUUUCCUUAUCUGUGAGAGCAUCCAAACUUCUAGAUGAGUACUUAGAAUCUCUGAUUUAAGCAUUAAUAAAAGUAACUGUUUGUUGUUCUGGACAAAGCUGAAUUUGAGUUACUGUUC